AUGCCACCCCGCAUGUCUGAACAAACUGAGAAGCAAAAGAGCGACAGGGUAGCCAUAGCGUGUUUGACUUGCAGAUUCCGCAAGGUACGAUGUUCUGGUGGCAAUCCAUGCAAACUUUGUUCGAAAUUAGCGACAGAGUGUGAAUACCCACCGAAGCAACGCCGGAAACCGACCAAGAAGAUACGAGACGUACAUUACGUGGCUGAUGAAACGGCGAUCAGCUCAGCUCAGGAAGAACGCGAGGCUUCUGUCCCAGAGGGCCACUCCAUCUUGCAUUCCCGCAAACAGCCUCGUGGGCCUCAGGACAGUGACACUCGACCUGCCGGCGCUGCACGUACCAUCUCCGUAGCAAGGAGCGCAUCGCCCACCCGAAACCUCACAGAAAGCGUAAACCAAACGUUAACAACAACUUGGCCUGCGACAGCUCAGAUUCGAAGAGACGAUGCUUCUGUGUGGCUCUCGCCUUGUAUCAAUGCCGGCAUUGCGUGGGUUUGUGAGAAGACCGGGGAGCAAAGCUUUGCCAAAGUUGCAGAACGUUUCACCAGAAUUGCAGAAGAACUAUUUCCAACCAGGCCAUGCACCUUCCCAACUCCGACAAGCGCUGAGCCGACCGAGGCAACGGCUUGGGAGUAUGUGAAUGCUUUUUUCGAGAACUGUUGGGAAGCUCGAUUGGGGUUUGUCCACCGUCCAGAUUUCGAGGCGCAGCUCCAAGCUCAUUUUUACGGUGCCUCCUCUUCGUCUACCGAUUGUGCCGCUCUAGCUCUUCGAAACGUGAUCUUUGCUGCAGGAUAUCGCAGUAUAUUGGCCAAGAGGCCAGAAAUCUCCUUUACAGCAGCUCAAAAAAUAGUCUGGCAAGGCUAUUUUCAAAACGCUCUAUCAGUCUUGACCGGACUCCUGUUGCCGCCUUCAAGACUGAUGGCGGUUCAAGCUCUGGCUUUAAUGGCUUGCUACGUAGAAGGACUUGGCAGUUUGGGAAUUCAGCGUGUCCUGUGUCACAAUGCAGUACACGCCGCAAUCACACAAGGCUUGCACCUUGACUCCACCCAGCCGAUAGACAAUUCACCGAACGAGCGCCUCAAAAGAGCCUGGCUGUGGUGGUCGAUCUACGCCUUUGAGAAGCAUCAUUCCAUCACCAAUGGAAGACCGUCAAUGAUUGAUGAUUACAUUAUCAGCGUUCCGGUACCAAGGGAAGUGCCCCCAGGGAGUGUGGUGGACGUGGAGGCCACCGAAAUUGCGAUCCGUCUCGCGAAAACAUGCUCACGACUCUUACGGGAAAUCCUGUCGACCAAAGCGUGGGGUAUUCCUGCUCGUGAAUUACAAAAAGCCGUGAUGGAUACUGACAAACAAUUGAAAGCACUGCUCGACAGCUUACCUCUAGACCUUCGGGUGGGCACUUUGGCGAAGCUGUCGGAAGCGACAUAUCCAACGGCUCGCCGCAUUUACGCCUUCUACCUUCAUUUUUCCAUCCACGGCAGCUUGUUGGCCAUACACGCCCAAUUUUCCUAUCCAUGGCUUUCGGCCAGGCUUGCAGGUCACCUUCCAGAUACCACUCUGGACGCACAGAGCGCGUUGUCAUCCGCCAUUGCCGCGGAAGCAGCCCGAAACAUUUUACUGGCCAUCCGAACGGUAACAUCGAACGUGGCGACUCCCACUUGGCUGGCUUUCAAUUAUCCAGUUUAUGCACAUCUGGGCCUAUUCAUUCAUGUGUUAAGGUAUCCAAACUUACCUACCGCGAGUGCCGAUCUCGGUGUAUUAGACAUCUGCGCCGGGCACUUUGGACAUAUUGAUUUCAUGACCUCCUCCGAGCUCUCAGUCUCAUUGCCAAGGGAAUCGGUUCAUCUUGCCGCAAAAGUGGUGAAAGCUUUUCAACUAGGCCAGGAUCAGCUCGCCAGCCUGAACCAUGAUCACGAAGAUCAGAGCGCAGAUUUGCAGACCAGACCAGAAGGCACGCACGGAUCUAAGCACUCACAAUCACUGACGGCUACGAGUUCGACGAGCCAGGGACAUCUUCCACAGAUUAGCUCAGUGGGAUGGAAUGCACUGCGAUCAUACGAUACUAUGGGCAUCAAUGAUCACACUCACGACGACUUUUGA